AUGAGAGCAUUCAACUCUCCUCGUACUCUCGUCCCGAUUGUAUUACUGAUAGUUUAUAUCAACUUUGUGGCGUCGAGAAGUAUCAGCGAUGAUGGAGAAGUGAUAGAUAAGAAGGUGUUGGAGGAGAGAGGAGAGGGCGGUGUGAGGGAAGAGGGAAUUGGGGAUAAGUCGGACAGCGAUGGGAGCGAGGAGGGCAUCAGGAGAUUUGACGCGGUCAUCGAAGAGUCGGAGAAGGAAGUGGAGCGGCAGGACCAGAGAUCGUCGGGCGAUAGCGAGGUCAGUGCCAAAGAAGACGCCGAUGGGGGAUCGGAAGUGAUGGCGGAUGACGCUACCGCGGAUCAGCGGAAGCGUUCCGUCAAACGAAAGCUAGAUGAAGUUGAAGCUGACGGGGAGACGAUCUCCGUCUCGAAGCACGAUGAGGAGAUCGUCGAUGAGAGUGAAGUUUCGAAAGAAGGGAUGGGAUCUAAUGGGGUAGUUGAAGUCCGUCAAAUUCCGGAAUUGAUACCGGUCAAGAUCGAUCAUAUCAGCCCGUAUGAACCGAAUUUCGGUGGUGAGGACGCGGCUAGGAAGUCCUUGGGAGUUGUGGAUGAGGAGGAGAAAAACGACGACGACGAGGGAGAAGGGGAGGUACGGAGUGAGCGGAGCAGCGAAAAGAAGGAAGAGGUGGAGGGAGAGGGGGCUGAGUCGAUCGUCCAGAAAUGGAAGCAGCAGGCGAUGGAGCUUCAGGGCCAAUUGAAGAAUCGUACGUUUUUUCAAUAUCUGAAGGAGCAAGCGAGUGAGGUACUCCCGGACAUUCCGAGAUUCACGGAGAUUCAGUUGUUAAAGGCGUUGAAGACGAUCUCGUCGAGGAAAUCGUCGGGGUCUGAGGACUCGUAUAUCAGGAAUUUGAACACCUCAGGGUUAAAUGACAAGCAACUGGAGAUCAUUGAGUGCGCUGAAGGUCUGGUUGCCGAGAAACAGCGCCAGAGCUUCUCCGAGAAUAUAAUUGACUGCGUCAGGGGGCUUGAUAUUCUCAACUGCAUGAGGAUCUUUAUCUGGCCGAUCAUUGCUGAAAACGUACCUGAACGUAUCAUGCAGAGUUUCCCAACUCUGCCUAUUGAGGUAUCGUUGAGUGAUUUUUUGCCGAACCGACAGGGCGAACAUUCCAAGAUCAUUCGUGGAGUUCAUCAGCAGCGGCUGCUCAUGCCGGAAACGGUAGUCGCUAACAUUCUUAAGGACGCGUUGGCUGCUGGACCACACGACGAGAAUAUUCCCACCCAGAUUGAUCCUGAGAAUUUCGCGAAAUUGUUGACCCCUGGGCAGUUGGACAUCCUGAAGAUGGCGGAGAAGUUCUUGCCGGAGUCUGUGCGGCAAGAGUACUCAAGUAAGAUGCACUCGUGUGUCCGGCGAUUCGAGUAUUUCAGCUGUGUUAAGUACUUCACCUGGCCCAUUGUGAAGCAAUAUUACCCGGCUCUACCGGAAUUUCCGGACUAUCAGACCUGGUAUCCGUCGUCCAUAAGCGUUUAUCCAGGGUAUCCAAUCGUGCCUUUUCCGGAUUUGUCUGAUAAUAAUGGACAGCUGCCGGAGGUCAUCGAAGCUGAUGGGUUAGUUCACAGAACCCCAAGACCUGAGACGAUUAUCUUUCAACUUCUGAGAAACACUGUUGACGAGCAACCUAGACACCAAGGAACAGCGGAAAUAUAUGCCCUUCCUGAUACCGGUUCCAUGACUCCUGAGCAACUCGCUUCGAUUCAAAUGGCCCAGCAAUUGGUACCCGUCUCCCAUCGUGCGGAAUUUGUCGACAAGACGACAAAGUGCAUUCAAGAGUACAAUUAUCUGUUCUGCACUAAGUAUUCAACAUGGCCGACGCUGAAACAAUUUCAGCCUCGUUUACCGGCUUUUACCGAUCUUGAAAGUGCCUUCGGGAAUUUAUUCAGCAAACUUCCGAAUUUCGGUAGUUUCUUCAGCGGAGACUCGGGUAAUAAGAAGAAUUUGACGGCAUUUUUUGGGGGACUGCCGUGGGCUGGGGCUUGGACUGGCGGUAGCGGAUCGCAGGGAGGAUCAGGUUCUGGCGGUGGCGGUCAGGGGUCAGGUUCAGUAGGCAGCGGAGACUCUUCUGGAGGCACAGGCUAUCCAUCCUUCCCAGGUGCAGCAGGAUCAGGUGGGGGAAGUUACAUACCAGGCUUCCCAGGUGCAGGAGGAUCAGGUGGGGGAGGUUACAUACCAGGCUUUCCAGGUGGAGGAAGUCAGAUACCAGGCUUUCCAGGUGCAGGAGGAUCAGGCGGCGGAGGGCAAAUUCCAGGCGUAGGAGGGUCGGGAGGUUAUAUUCCAGGAAUUGGAGAAUCUGGCGGUCAUAUCCCAGAUAUCUCAAACGUAGGAUCUGGGGGCAGUAACAUACCAAAUCCCUCUGGAGGUAGUUUCUCAUGGCCUGGUAUACCAGGAAUUAAGCCCCCAGGAACUAUUACUUGGGGAGGGGCUGGAGGUAGUGGACCUAGUGGAUCGUCAAGCAGUGGAGGGUCGGGAUCGGGUUCAUCUGGUACCAGCGGUGGCAGCUUGGGUGGGUCUGGACAAAGUGGUGGAGGCGGCACUUCAGGUCCUUCUAUCGGAAAUAUUCCAUGGACGGGCGGACAAGGAUCGGGAUCGUCAGGUAGCGGUGGUCCAAGUGGGCCUUCAAUUGGCGGAUCUGGGCAAUCUGGAGGAGGUGGCUCUUCAAUUCCUUCUAAUGGAAACAUUCCAUGGACUGGAGGACAAGGAUCGGGAUCGUCUGGUAGCGGUGCCCCAAGUGGGGCUUCAACUGGCGGAUCUGGGCAGCCUGGAGGAGGCGGCUCUUCGAUUCCUCCUAUUGGAAACAUUCCAUGGACGGGAGGACAAGGAUCGGGAUCGUCUAGCGGCGGUGCCCCAAGUGGGGCUUCAAGUGGCGGAUCUGGACAGUCUGGAGGAGGUGCUUCAAUUCCCCCUAAUGGAAAUAUUCCAUGGACGGGAGGACAAGAAUCGGGGUCGUCUGGCAGCAGUGGCCCAAGUGGGUCUUCAAGUGGCGGAUAUGGGCAGUCCGGAGGAGGUGGCUCUAUAAUUCCUUCUAUCGGAAACAUUCCAUGGACUGGAGGGCAAGGUUCGGGGUCGUCUGGUAGCGGUGCCCCAAGUGGCUCUUUAAUUCCUUCUAUCGGAAACAUUCCAUGGACUGGAGGACAAGGAUCAGGAUCGUCUGGCAGUGGUGCCCCAAGUGGGGCUUCAACUGGCGGAUCUGAGCAGUCUGGAGGAGGCUCUUCAAUUCCUCCUAAUGGAAACAUUCCAUGGACGGGAGGACAAGGAUCGGGGUCGUCUGGCAGCGAUGGCGCAAGUGGAUCUUCAAGUGGUGGAUAUGGGCAGUCUGGAGGAGGUGGCUCUCCAAUUCCUUCUAUUGGAAAUAUUCCAUGGACUGGAGGACAAGGAUCAGGGUCGUCUGCCGUCAGUGGCCCAAGUGGGUCUCCAAGUAGUGGACCUGGUCAGACUGGAGGAGGUGGCUCCUCAAUCCCUUCUAUCGGAAACAUUCCGUGGACUGGGGGACAAGGAUCGGGAUCUUCUAGCAGCGGUAGUCCAAGUGGGUCUUCAAGUGGUGGAUAUGGGCAGUCUGGAGGAGGCAGCAGUUCAAUCCCUGGCGGUGGUACUAUCAGCUGGGGUGGAGGAAAUGGUGGGUCAUAUCGUCCAGAUGUUGGGGGUGGAGUUCCAACGACCAUUCCAAACUUACCAGGACUUGGUGAGCAAGGAGGUGGGGGUAGUGGAUCAUCUGGCGGAUCGUCAGGCUCUUUACAGGGUCCCGGAAGCCCUAGUGGAUCUUCGAGCAGUGGUUCUGGACAAUCAGUCAGCAGUUCAAUACCUGGCGGUGGCACUGUCAGCUGGAGUGGAGGAAAUAGCUAUCAGCCAAAGCCUUAUAAGUUACUCACACCUGAAGAAGCUGACGGCUCUUCGAAACCACUCUCGAGAGCGCCGGCUGAGACUCUCCAACAGAAAUCGCUGGAGGCAAAGAUUAUCGACAUUCUGUACAACCUUCGAUACACAAUUCCGGAAAGUCCGCUGACACCUAUUCCCAUGGGUGGGCCAAGAGCAGUAUUGGCACAACUCAACGAAGAUCAAAUGAUCAUUCUGUCUCUCGCAAAAAGCAUAAUUCCCCCUCCCAUGAGACCAGAUUUCGCCUCGCAGACCGUAGGCUGUCUUCAAGGUGGAUCGAAUUUCUUGGGUUGCACGAAAAAUGUCAUCUGGCCUUUUCUGAAAUUCUACAUACCAAACAUACCAGCAUUUCCCGACGAUAAACCUCAAUUGAUGGAAAACCACUCGGCGGAAUUAGAUUUUAUCCCAGGAAGACACUACUCUCUAGAGCCUGUGUCGUACGCUCCAUUCAUUAGUCAACAUCAAUUGUCUCAACUGUUCAGACAGCCAAUUCAAAUCCUUGGAAGGUCACCACUGCGAUCGGAAAUCUCCGCGAAAGCUGAUGAUCAACCAAUCAUUUCGGUCACCGAUCCAAAAUUUGUCCCAAUUUAUACAGAUCAUCCAGACACAGUCGUCCUGAAGAUCCUCUCAGCCAUGGCCGAUUCCGUGGAGCAAUCUAAUCCUCCGGACUAUCGAAGCAGAAUACCUGCAUUCAUCACCUUCUAUUCCACGCUCAACUCCUCAUUAAAUGACGAGCAGGAACGAAUUCUGAAGGCCACUGAAUACUUGAUACCUGAAUCAAGCCGUCAGGAGUUUUUCAACGAAAUGUUAGUGUGUCUGAUAGACAACGCCUUCCAAACCUGUGCACGUGACAACAUCUGGCCAGCCUUGGCUAAGCACUAUCCAAGAAUCCCAAGUUUUCCAAAUUUCCAAGAGAACUCAUUACAGGACACCCCAUCUCUUUCAGAAGACUAUCGACGUAUAUCAGAGACUGAUGUGAAGACUGGUCAUCAUGGAGACACUGUGGUAACAAUAACAGACACCAGAUUCGUUCCCAUUUUCAGUGACCACCCAGAGGAGAUUAUACUGAAGAUGUUGAAGGGCGUUCAGCCGUCUUCUCUGAAUCAGAUAAAUACACCACCUUCAUCAAUCGCCAAAUCUCCAUCAUACGUGUCAGCCUUCACAAAGCCACAAGGAGAUAUCCUCGUCGUAGCAGAAAAUCUCCUGCCAGAGUCAAUCCGGGACAUCUUCGUCAUGCGUAUGAGCGAGUGUGUCAGAGACAACAGUUUCCUCGACUGCACAAGGGACAUUGCCUGGCCGACUAUCGGUCAGUUCUUCCCCAGACUCCCGAGUUUCCCGAACUUUGGAACUUUACCCAGCCUAUCAGAAGGCAAGCCUCAGCAACCAACCCUCCUUCCACCAGUUCUCGACACAACAGCACCAAUAGCCGAAUUCCCUCGCAUCAAUCAUCACGAGCACAAUCAGCUCCAGCAGCUACCAGAGACCCUCGAGUCCAAGCUCGAAGGCAUCCUUGCUGCAGUGUCGGGACUCAGAGUCAACACCCAAUCAGGAAUUUCUUAUCUGAACACGGAAGACCCAUUGACAUCGGCAUUGAUAACCGACAAGCAAGUGAAGAUUAUCAAAAUGGCUGAGGGUCUGAUUCCCGAAGAAGCUCGUCCAAUGUUCAUCGUCAAGAUGAUGGGCUGUGUUCGAAAAAGUGGUUUCCCAAUAUGUUCGCAGGCUGUUGCCUGGCCGACACUCCGACAAUUCGUCCCGAAUGUCCCUGAGUUUCCAGACAUAAGUAACUUUCUGCCUGAACUGCCAGAACUCCCAGACUUUUCAACAUUCCAGGAGCAGUUGCCAGAUCUUUCCAACUUCUCGCAAGUCGGCCAAGGCUUGGGACAGUUUACCCCCCAAUUCCAGCAGCCACCGAAGUCCCCUCCCGAAUUCCCUGGUCAACAUGGUGUUCUUCUCCCCGGAUACACUGCGUCAGUAGGGCCAGCCUCAGUGGUUCCAGCCUUCCCGGGCCAGCCAACCGAUAUCCUUGUAGAUAUCUCUCAAGAUCGUGUCACCUUCCCUGAGCCCAAGCAUCAACCACUGGAGAGACAACGCAGGGAAGUGAUCAACCUACUUGAGGACGAGCCAUUGAGAAUCAACGAAGCACCACUGAAUAUCACUGAAUCAGACCUCCUGGAGCUUCUCGUUAAUGUGACAAAAUCCAAUGCUGCUGAAUCAUCAGGGCCACCUGAGGAGUCCGUCGUACAGUCACUCAACUCAACCAUAAAGGAAUCUCUAACACCCCAGCAGCUAGCCAUCCUCACGAUGGUAGAAAAACUAGUUGUCCAGAAUAGUAGAGGUGUCAUGGGUCAGGUGAUUCGUUGUAUAACGGGCCUGAGUUUCAUCAGGUGCAUGGGAAUAUUCAUGUGGCCUGUCAUCACCUCUACCGUGCCAUCAUUACUAGGUAUUCAAUUGCCAUUUGGACGCUCGACCCAGGACACCGAUGAUUUGUUUGGAGUAUCUGUUGAAGAACUCGAGAAGGAGUUGCUUGACAGAAAAGAGGAGAUGGAGCACACAUUGUUCGACUGGUACAAAUCUCUGACACAAGAAAAAUUCCAAUCCACCUUGGGUUUUAUCAAGUUCGAGGGCUACGGCGAUGGCGAAAUUGGAAUUAAAUUUACGGGGGCCAGAGAAGGACGAGCCAAAAUCAAAGACCAUAAAAAUUUGCCCAGCAUUCUGACAAUAAUUAGCGACAUCAUGGAGGAUGUUCUUGAUACUGGCAAAGGCAGCCACAAAACGAGCAAGGACAAGCGUAAGGGCAGAGGCUUGAUUUUUCCGCUGAACGAAAACUUUGAGAGAUCCAACAACGACGAGAAUAUCAUCAACAUGUUCCUUCAGAGGCUCAAGACAAAUGCAACCGAUGAGGAUCUCCAUCUCGGGAACCGCAGACUCACACCUGAGGACGCUUAUCGAGCCUUCGAAGUGCUCUUCGGUCCGAGGCUGAAAGCGAGACUUGUCAAAAAGCUUCUACAGCUCCAGGAGAACGGCAUCGACCUGAACGACAGUCAUAACAGUCAUGAAGAACAACAGGAGGAGUCAUCGCAGUCGUCGCAACGACUGAGAGUCAUUCCCCUUGACGUUCAAGAGAAGAAAUCCAACCUUUUCAACGAAAUUCGGGAGGAACAGGACAACAUCGAUGCUAAUGGAUUGACAAGCGAGGAAAAUCCCAAAUCGGGUCUCAUAAUUCAUCUCCCAAAACUGGAUGAUGAAAUCAUCAGCCGAAAGACAAGCGAUUCCCUCACCAGUCUUGCACGUCACAUGAACAAGAACAACAUGUUCCAGAUGAUUCCUGGCAUCGGUUUCGCGAUGACUUUUAUCCUGCAGAUGGCAUUGGCUCACGCCAGAGCUGCUGCAUCAAUGGCAACAAUGCUGAGUAAUAUGGCCAUGGGAACGGCAAUGUUCAGUCUCGUCCGUCAAGCAAUAUUUGGUCAAUCAAAUCAUCCCAAAAUCAAAUACGUCUACGACACCGAUGGCCACGGGCCGGGUAUCAAACAUGAUGUCAGGUGUUAUUUACUCACCAGGAUGAUACCUUGUCUCCACGUUCUACUGUUGGGACUUGUCCUAUCGGCGUUGGGCGGCUAUGUACCACCAGGACCUCGGUACACUUGCCCCAAGGAACCGAUAUACAUUUAUCCAUGUACCUGUGAACGAGGAACUGAUAGAGGAUUGUAUGUAAGAUGUGAGAAUACCAACUUGGCGAGCUUGAGUCUGGCCUUCAUCAAUUUGGGAAAUGAACCAGCGCCGAUCGAGGUGUUGACGCUAUACAAAUGUGAUAUAGCAAGAUGGUAUGGACCCGCACUCUACCCUCUGAACAUCCGCGUUUUGAGAAUCAUUGACACUCCUCUCAAAUCAAUCGAAGAACACAGCUUUUUGGGUGUCAACAGGACUCUCCAAGAGCUCCACAUCAUUCGAAGUCGUCUAGAGAAAUUUCCAAAGGAAGCUUUCCAAAUCUUGGGAAAUCUGUCAGACUUGAUCAUCUCCGGACAUAAGCUCAACGUUCUUCCAGGCAACGGUUUUGGCGGGAGCUUGGCGUCUGCCAAGCUCGAGAGGCUAGAAAUCAGCAAUGGAAUUCUGUCAUCAUUGCCGUCAGACGCGCUGACGCCAUUGAAGAAGCUGAAGUUCCUUGAUCUGCAUGGAAACAAGAUUGAAGAACUGAAGCGAAAUCAGUUCAAGGGCCUGAGAGACACUGAGUUCCUAGAUCUGUCUGACAAUCUAAUCAGCAAGCUUGACCCAUCACAUCUGGCCGAUUUAACGAAGAUGGGAUGGUGCAAUAUGUCACGCAAUGCGAUUGGCGAGUUGAAGCGAGGAACUUUCGCCAGAAAUUCUGUUUUAAAAGUCCUGAACCUCAGUCAUAACAAAAUCAGAAAACUGGACUCUAAUACCUUCAGAGGAAUGAGAUUCCUGAGAAGAUUAUUCUUGAGUGACAAUCAGAUUAAUGAUGUUGGCAGAGGAACCUUUGGAUCUGUCACGAGAAUCGGUACGAUCGAUCUGGCCAGAAAUCAGAUAAAAAAGAUCGACUUUCAAAUGUUCAAUCAGCUUCAGUACGCGGAACUCCUGGAUGUGUCUGAAAAUGCGGUAACUAUCAUCGAGAAAUUAGCCUUCAAGGAUCUAUUCUUAGCAAGAGUGAAUCUAUCACACAAUGAGAUAUCGAAAAUCGAAGGCGGUGCCUUUGAGAAUUGCGCCAACAUAACAGUUCUCGAUCUUAGUUACAACAAACUCGACAACAUCUCGAAAUACGCUUUUGAUAGUUCAACAUAUGCAACAGAAUUGCAGCUAAGUUAUAACUUAUUAACGGCACUCAAUCAGGUGCCUUUGCACAACAUGACUGGUCUGAAAGUGCUGAAUGUCACUCACAAUAAUAUUCAAUCAGUUCCGCGACAAACUUUCCCGAAACUUUAUGAAUUGCACACGAUUGACCUGGCUUACAACAAUUUAUCGGAGAUUCACAACGGAAUAUUUCAGACACUGUUUAGCCUGCGAUUUUUGAAUCUGUCGCACAACUCCUUGGAAAAGAUCAGACCGUCGACAUUCGGCCCUUUAACGACAUUAUUACACCUAGACAUGAGUCACAAUAAAUUGACGGAUAUAGCAAGAGGAAGUCUUGCUCGUCUGUCAAGUUGUCAGACACUAUCCGUAAGAAAUAACAAGCUGACAAAAAUCUUUCAACUGCCAAUUCCCCUGGGUUACCUGGACUUCUCCGAUAAUGAUUUAGAGGAAAUUCCAACAAUUGACGUCUGGCCCUCCAUGAAUGCAUUAUUAUCCCUCGACCUCUCGAAGAAUCGCUUGAGUGAUAGCCUGCAACAUGGAAGCUUUCAGCCUCUAUUAACUCUUCGAACACUAAAUCUCCAAGGGAACAAUAUUACCGUGCCCCCAUGGGCAGCCCUGAGCACUCUAACCAGUCUUCAAUACCUCUACAUGCAAGAUAAUCACUUAACGAGUCUCGGUAAAUCAGCAUUUGGUCUUCUACCAAUCGUCUUCGAGCUCAACUUGGCCAACAAUAACAUCAAGAAUCUCAACCCAAGAGCAUUUGAGGGACUCCUUCAGCUUCUGACGCUUAAUUUGACUAACAAUGACAUUGGACAUAUACCCAACGGUGCAUUUCAGGGUCUCGUGUCCUUGAGAACCCUAGACCUGUCUCACAACCAUAUAGAGAAGUUGGAUAACAAGACACACGGAUUGUUGGACGAUUGUUUAUCUCUCGAGAGAAUCAAUCUCAGUCACAACAAAUUUUCAUUCAUCACCAGGAAAACAUUUCCCAACGAUCCCUAUAUACCUUACAGACUAAAGGAAGUCGAUUUGUCGUACAACUUGAUGCCAGUGUUGACGUAUGACAUUACGAUUGGAACUAAAAAAGUUGGUUACAUGAAUCUCAGUCAUAAUAAUAUCAACGAAAUCCGAAGGCAUGUAAUUGGAAACAUGACGUCAGUCCACACACUGGAUCUAUCUUACAACGAUCUAAGUGAUAUUUCCGAGAGAGAUGUCUUCGCAGCACCUGACAAUCUAACUAAUUUACACCUUGCCAACAAUCAUUUCACCAGUCUCCCCAUGAAAAAAAUCACCGCAAUGCCGAAGCUGAAGCUUCUAGACAUUGAGAACAAUGAAUUCUCCGAUUUUGAUCUGACUUUCAUGAAACUUAUCAACAAUGACACGGAACUGAGAUACGAGGGGAAUCCCUUGAACUGCAACUGCCACGCGAGACCCCUGAAACGAUGGAUUACAACGUUAACAGAAGUCCCAAGUGAAUGGAGAAAUGUUGUCUGUGCAAGUCCCGAUUACAUUGCCGGAAAAGCUCUUCCAUUCGUAACUGAAGAGUUGAUGACUUGCGACGAGAAUGAGAUUGCGGAAAAUACAGAUUUACAGAUAACGCCUGAUGUUAAAUUCCGACAGAUUGAAUAUGAUGAAGAAGACAAGUCUUGGAAAAUCACCUGGUACGUGACAUCGCGCGGUGACAUCGGUGAUUUUUACCUAGUCGUACGUGAACUAGGAGGAAGUAAACCGAUAAUUGAAAAAGACAUUGUGUACAAAGAGAGAUCCUACAAGAUACGAGAUAUACCGGAAUCACAAGCUAUGUACGAACUGUGUGUACUAGCGAGAGACUCAAUCGGCAAUGUCAAACACUUCAGAAAUUCUCAGUGUCAGGUAUUAAAUAAACAGCCAGUCACAUCAUCAACGACAUCGAUAUCAUGCUCAGGCAUAGCCUCCAUACUGGUUACAAUUUUUAUAGUUGCUGUGAUGUAA